CGUCGCCAUUCACAUCGUUCGUUCCGAGAGAUCUCCAAUCAUAUUCUUGACGUUUUCUCUUAAGGGUGGCUACAAUGAUUGGAUCGUUUCUGACAAGAGGCCUUCUGAUGGUGUUUGGAUAUGCAUAUCCUGCUUAUGAGUGUUUUAAAACGGUCGAACAGAACAAACCUGAGAUUCAACACCUCCAGUUCUGGUGCCAAUAUUGGAUUCUUGUAGCUGCUUUGACAAUCUUUGAAAGAGUUGGUGAUACUCUUGUUUCCUGGUUGCCAAUGUACAGUGAAGCAAAGUUAGCCUUCUUUAUUUACCUCUGGUUCCCAAAAACCAAAGGAACUACAUACGUUUACGACUCCUUCUUCAAGCCAUAUGUCUCAAAGCAUGAAAAUGAAAUUGACCGCAGCUUGACUGAAGUAAAAACCAGAGCUGGAGAUAUGGCAAUGAUAUAUCUCCACAAAGCAAUCAACCAUGGACAUACAAGAUUCUUUGAGAUAUUGCAGUAUAUUGCUGAACAAUCAUCACACAAACGUCAGUCUAAGGAGAAUAAAGAGACAGCAACACCUGAACUUGGUGAUCCAACUCUGAAGAUGACACAAAAGAAAGACGCAGUACCUGAGACUGAAUCAUCCACCAAGAAAGACUAAAAGGCUGACUUAGAUGUAAAUGGCUUAGGAAAAAAAUAAUACUACAUUUUGAAGUUCUAG